AUGUCUAUUUUCGACCCGCUUGGGCUGCUAGGAUUCUUUAAUAUACGCGCCAAGAUCAUCCUUCAGAACAUAUGGCGAUCCAACAUCGGAUGGGAUGACGACCUUACCAAAGAAGACGAAGUGGAUUGGCUACACUGGCUAGAUCUAGUUUCAAAGUUGAAUACCGUCCGUAUUCCACAAUGUAUGAAGUGGGUGAGCCGAACCCAGACUGUACAGAUGCACACAUUCGUGGACGCCAGUAUUAAUGCUUAUGCAGCAGUUGUAUAUUUGCGGGCUGAACAUGAUGGCCAAGUACAUUGCAGUUUAGCCGCCUCAAAAACGAGAGUAGCACCCUUGAAGCCCGUGUCUAUACCUCGUAUGGAACUAAUGGCCGCAGUCUUAGGUCUGAGACUGGCCAAAUGUAUCCAAAAUGAAACGUCGGUACGCAUACAUAGACGAACAUUUUGGACGGAUUCAAAGGACGUGCUCUACUGGAUCCAGUCCGAUGCUCGAAAGUUCCAACAAUUCGUAGCGCUUCGCAUCGGAGAGAUUUUAGAAGAAUCAGAUGUGGACAGCUGGCGCUGGGUCCCAUCAGCUCAAAACGUGGCAGACGAUGGAACAAAAUGGACCAAAACGCCCGAAAUUCACGGCUCGACCAGGUGGUUCAAUGGACCACCAUUUUUGUAUCUAGAAGAAUCGCAGUGGCCACGCACAGAAAAGGGCUCGGCAAUAAACAUGUUAUACCAUGCUGAAGAACAAGCCAAUCACACGUCCUCUUGGAGAUGUAUACUGCCGGAUCUGCAGCACUUCAGCAAGCUGGAGAAAUUGAGAGCCGCACAGCUAUGCGUACUGGAUUUCCUACGGAUUGUUACCAAGAAGACCAAAUUGGACGGGCGAUUAGAGCUGCAGAAGAUGCUGCUCCUUAAACACAGCAAAGAAAUGGAUGUGAUUUUUAUUCGAACAUGCCAAGAAGAGGAGUUUUAUAGUGAGAUUACCUCCCUAAAGUCGGGGCGCCGCCUAACCGAUCGCAAAAGCCUGCUCUUCAAGCUCUCUCCUUAUAUAGAUGACUCGGGCAUUCUACGUAUUAAGGGACGGAUAGACAAUAUAGAAGGAGUUGAAGUCUGCGUAAAACGCCCGAUAAUUCUGCCAAGACGACAUCGAUUGACGUAUCUGCUUGUUGAGUUUUAUCACCGCAAAUAUCAUCACCUGCACAACGAAAUCGUCGUAAACGAACUGCGUCAGCAGUACUGGGUCUGUAGCUUGCGAGCCUUGGUGAAAGAAGUCUCCAGUGCUUGCCCAGCGUGCCGUAUACGACGCGCCCGCCCAAAGCCACCAGAGAUGAGCGACCUGCCAAUCGAACGACUAUCGCCCUAUACUCCACCGUUCACAUAUACCGGAGUGGAUUACUUUGGACCCUACGACAUUGUCGUUGGACGGCGUCGUGAGAAGCGCUGGGGUGUGCUGUUCACAUGCCUCACGGUACGCGCCGUUCACCUAGAUAUAGCUACGUCGCUCUCGACUGAUUCAUACCUAUGCGUUCUGAAGUCGUUCGUGGCCAGACGCGGCUGCCCCCGCCGCAUGCUGUCGGACAAUAGCACAAAUUUCAGAGGCGCUAGCAGAAUAUUAAAAGAUGAAAUUGAACGUAUAUCGCCGGCGCUGAUCGAGCGACAAUACCCGGAACUGGAGUUUACCUUUAUUCCACCAGGAUCACCCCACAUGGGAGGAUCGUGGGAACGAAUGGUGCGUUUCACAAAGUCAAUACUGUCGGAGAUCCUGCCGCACUCUGGGCUACGAGAGGAGGUGCUACGAGCAGCAUUGGCAGACGUAGAAAGCAUGCUCAACUCAAGACCGCUCACUUAUGUUCCCUUGGAAACUUCUGAGUCCGAAGCCCUGAUUCCGAACCAUUUUCUUAUAGGUCACUCAAGCGGAUUGCGUGAGAGAGGCUCACGGGACCGGGACGGAGCUAGCUUGGCACGAGGCUUCCGAGUCGCCAGCCAAUUGGCUGACCAAUUUUGGAAGAGAUGGUUGAGCGAGUAUCUGCCCACACUCACCAGACGUACUAAGUGGUUCCAACCGCCAAUCGAACCAAUAUCAGUCGAUGACAUCGUCAUAAUAGUGGACGAUGGUGCCAAACGAAACUGUUGGACAAGAGGAGUGGUAGUCGACGAGCACCGUUCGAAAGACGGCCAGGUCAGAAGCGCCGUGGUGCGAACCGCCGAUGGAAUUAUUACUCGCCCCGCCGUCAAGCUAGCUAAGCUUGACAUUAAAGUUGGUAACACACUGCACGGACGUUCGUGA